AAUCUUACCUAAUUUCUUUUAGACUAUUGCCACGUUUGUUGGCCUAAGCUCAAUGGCGUUUUCAUUUCCUUCUCAGUACUGCAGACCUCCUACCAACUCUUCAGAUCACCCUUCACCCCACCUGCAACCCCAAUCACCUUUACAGCGAGGAAGUAUGCUCGGAAAGGUCAAAAGGGCUUUUUCGACGCGCAAGUCGUCGACUUCGAGUAAUGAUCACUCAGCGCGGGGGACAGCGGUCACGGGUCAGACACUGAACAACACGCUUACAGCUGCACCGGUCAGCCCCAAGAGGGCUGGAUCCCGUAACAGCGGCCUCGCACCAUCACCUUCGUCUGCUAACCCAUUUACUUCUCCAUCGCCAGCUACAAGAAGGCCAGAUACUGACAGAUCACUAGGUAGCACAGCUAUGAACGACUCAGGAUCUAACAACGAAGCCCCGCCGGCCUAUACACCAGGCCCAGCUCAAGAUGCAAGCGCAUUCCAGUCACCGUCUAUAACAACAACUUCAGACUCUGACCCUUACGCUUUCCUCAAGAGCUUUGAUACUGUUUUCUUGAUUGACGAUUCAGGAUCCAUGGCUGGCCGUUCAUGGAGGGAGACGCAGGAAGCCCUUGCGACUAUCACACCAAUUUGUACAGCACACGACGAAGACGGCAUCGACAUCUACUUCUUGAACCAUCCUGACUCGAGCCUCUACAAGAAAAUCACCACUCCCAGCACUAUUAUCGAAAUCUUCCAGACUGUUCGACCGCGCGGCGCCACCCCAACUGGCCAGCGCCUCCACAAGAUCCUAAAACCCUAUCUCCAGAGCUACGAACGGGACGACAAAACUAAGCCCAUUAACAUUAUUGUCAUCACUGAUGGCGAGCCCUCUGACGAUGUCGAGUCUACCAUUAUUCAGGCCGCCAAGAAGCUUGAUAAGCUCGAUGCACCUGCGUGGCAAGUCGGUAUCCAGUUCUUCCAGGUGGGCCGGGAGCCUGGUGCGCGUGAACAUCUCAAGCAGCUUGAUGACGGGCUCGCCGAAUUGGCCGAGGACGAUAAUCUCAGAGACAUUGUGGACACCGUUCCUUUUAGUGGCGCAGAAGGCGAGUCACUGACUGCAGCGGGUAUUCUCAAGGUGGUCAUGGGUGCAGUUCACCGCAGGUUGGACAGAAACUCCAAGGAUCUGCACAGGAAGUAAAGAUUCUUCCAACUUCCCUUCCAAGCAGCUGCAUGACUAGUACUGCAGGUGGUCGUGUAGACUUUGCGGGAAGCAUAUGUGGGGAGUGUCGUGUCUGCCUUGCAAUAGUCAACACUGCGGGGUACCACGACCAGAAUACAUUGACAAAUACGUUGUCCAGAUAUGAAUCCUGGCGCUUAUUGGGCGGGUCUUAUUGCUGUCUCUAUGGCGUUUAUGGAGAAAUACAUGGGAUUGUAGGUGUCUCCUUUUUGGGCUUCAGGUGCAUACAUAUGAUACCCCCUUUUUCUCUGCUGCACGGAACUACAAGCGACACAAUUCGGGAGGCGGUCUGCUUGUUUUCAAUUGUCAUUAUUAGAUUGUUAGGCGUUUAGAAUUCACGGGUUGAGAAAAGUUUCUCUAUUUGAUUAGCAGUUUGGU